AUGAAUAGUAAUGUUGCCAAAAGGAAUAUAAACGAUUUUAAAUUGGUUAUUAUCAUGGGAGAGACCACUGCCGAUCAACUGGCGUGGGUGGUGUCCACGUUCUGUCUGGUAUUAGCAGUUGGCGCCGUGACGCUAGUGGCUAGUUUUCACUCGGAAUUAGUUUCUAUCUCAGCACAAGCAGAAGACGAAUUGCAAAUAUAUAAUAAGGCACAUGAGGAGAUUUGGAAGGAAGCAGUCAAACUCGCUGAUAAAUACGGAAGAAAAGUUGAGAAGCGCAACGUUUUUUAUUCCAGUCGUCAGGCACCUCCUGCUGUUCCGGUUGACCACCAACGUCGUUCUAACCUUCCCCUGCACCGUCAAAGGCGUUACUAUGUGGGGCAACCUGUCUACAACAAUUUAUAUGUACAAGGAAUCCCACAACAACCUCUGCCCCGAUUUAACACAUUGAGAUGUCAGUGUCCUCCCGGUCCUCAAGGACCCCCUGGGCUAGAUGGAUUCGAUGGCAUUCCUGGACUCAAUGGGGAGGAUGGGCAUAAUGGCGAAGAUAGCAACUCACUGAGACUGCACUAUUCGGAUGCAUGCGCUAUUUGUCCUGCUGGACCACAGGGACCACCAGGAGAACCCGGCCCAGAAGGUGAACCAGGUCCAACAGGGUUUCCAGGACCGCCAGGAGAAGACGGAGCACCUGGUAUUCCAGGACCCAAGGGCCAAACAGGGGACAGAGGAGCACCUGGAGAAAUUGGGACGCCAGGUCUGCCUGGCCAACAAGGAGCUAACGGCAUAAAAAACGUUCCUGUGCCGGGCCCACCAGGUCCUCCAGGACCAAUAGGUGAAAUAGGGUUAGAUGGUGAGAGAGGACUCCCAGGCUUACCUGGUCCUCCCGGGCCUGUAGGAUCACCAGGCUGGCCAGGGCAGACUGGAAAUCCAGGUCCAAACGGCAUUAUUGGAUUGCCAGGAGAUCCUGGAAUAAGUGGCGACAGCGGCGGCUACUGCCCUUGUGUUGCAAGAUCUACACGCGAAAGUACUGACUCGUCAGAAGAUUUAUAA